CCCGCCCGAGCCAGCGCUAGGCGAGGAGCCGAGCAGCCCGAGAGGCGGAGAGAGGAUGCGGCCGGCGGCAGCUGUCCCGAGCAGUGCACGGUGAUCGCCUCCCCCGGAGGAGAAGUUGCCUAGACCGUAGCUACUUUUCUUGUUUUCCUCCCCCCCUCCCCCUCUGUAAUUACAUUGGCUGCUGGAGGGGACAGGGAGAGACGGAGGAGGCGCCUCGCUACCCCCCUCGCGCCCGCCACCCCUGCUCUUUGCCGUCCCGGGCCAGGAUGACUGGAGUCUUUGACAGUCUGGUGGCUGAUAUGCACUCGACCCAGAUCACGGCCUCCAGCACGUACCACCAGCACCAGCAGCCCCCGAGCGGCGGCGGCGCUGGCCCCGGCGGCAGCAACGGCAGCAGCCUCCACAAGCCUCAGGAGUCGCCCACUCUCCCGGUGUCCACAGCUACCGACAGCAGCUACUAUACCAACCAGCAACACCCGGCGGGCGGCGGCGGCGGCGGCGGUUCACCCUACGCGCACAUGGGUUCCUACCAGUACCACGCCAGCGGCCUCAACAGCGUCCCGUAUUCAGCCAAGAGCGGCUACGAUCUGGGCUACACCGCCGCCUACACUUCUUACGCGCCCUACGGGACCAGUUCGUCCCCGGCCAACAACGAACCUGAGAAGGAAGACCUCGAGCCUGAAAUCCGGAUAGUAAACGGGAAGCCAAAGAAAGUCCGGAAACCUCGAACCAUCUACUCCAGUUUCCAGCUGGCGGCUCUUCAGCGGCGUUUCCAAAAGACUCAGUACCUGGCACUUCCCGAGCGAGCUGAGCUGGCGGCGUCCCUGGGCCUCACCCAGACUCAGGUCAAAAUCUGGUUCCAGAACCGCCGAUCCAAGUUCAAGAAGAUGUGGAAAAGCGGUGAGAUCCCUUCGGAGCAGCACCCGGGGGCCAGCGCCUCGCCACCUUGUGCUUCGCCGCCCGCCUCGGCGCCGGCCUCCUGGGACUUCGGCGCGCCGCAGCGGAUGGGGGGCGGCGGCGGCGGCCCGGGCAGCGGCGGCAGCGGGGCGGGCAGCUCCGGCUCCAGCCCGAGCAGCGCGGCCUCGGCGUUCCUGGGCAACUACCCGUGGUACCAUCAGGCCUCCGGCUCCGCUUCGCACCUGCAGGCCGCCGCGCCGCUGCUGCACCCGACGCAAACCCCGCAACCUCACCACCACCAUCAUCACCACCACGGUGGCGGCGGGGGCGCCCCGGUGAGCGCCGGGACGAUCUUCUAA